CGCGAUUUUUCAGUUCGUUCGUUCGGUUUUACUCUAGCAGGCGGCGGUCGUGUCUCUUUUGUCCUCGAAAGAAGCAGCAGGAAGGCUAGGUGGAACCUGCUACGUGCGACGUGGUGUCCUCCCCUCGAAUCCGUUCGUGCGUACCGAAUUCCGGGUUCCGCCCAGUUUCCGUCCGUUUUCGGAUUUUUGAAAACUCAACUUGAAAGUUCGCCUUAGCAACAGGCCGGAAGUAUGACUGGAACGGAGAGUGCCGCGAAGGCCGUGGAGUCGGCGUCGGACGGAGAGGACCAGGUGCCGGACUUUUUGGACGACCCGGCGUACAUGAGUUCGGCGUCGCGACGGAUGAUGAUGAAGGAGGUGAUUAAGGCGCUGCCGGAGAAUGUCCAGCACCGGGUGAAUGCGUUGAAGCACCUGCAGAAAAAGUACCUCAAGCUGGAGGCCAAGUUCUUCGAGGAGGUUUACGCGCUGGAGUGCAAAUACCAGGAGCUGUACCAGCCGCUGGUGGACCGCAGGAAAGCGGUCAUUACGGGGGAGUCGGAGCUGGAGGCGGGUGAGGCCGAGUGGAAGGAAGAGUCCGAGGACGAAGACGACGAGGUUGACGCCGAAGUGACGGAACGCUUCAAGCAGAUGGCCCUCAACUACAAGAACCAGCACUCGAAGAUCAUCAAGGACGCGCAGGGCAUUCCGGCGUUCUGGUUGACGGUGUUCAAGAAUACUCAGACCAUGGCCGACAUGAUCCAGCCGCACGACGAACCGGUUCUGGCCCACUUGACCAACGUGAACAUCGUCUACAAGACCGACCCGAUGAGCUACAUCCUCGAGUUCCACUUUUCGCCCAAUCCCUACUUCAAGGAUGCCGUCCUGUCGAAGCAGUACUUUAUGCGGUGUGCCGUCGACCAGGACGAACCGUUCAACUUUGAGGGGCCGGAGAUCUUCAAGUGCACCGGCUGCGCGAUCCAGUGGAACCCGUCCAAGAACGUGACGGUCAAGACGAUCAAGAAGCAGCAGAAGCACAAACAGCGCGGCGUCAUCCGCACCCUGACCAAGACGCUGCCCAACGACUCGUUCUUCAACUUCUUCAACCCGCCCCAGGUGCAGGAGGACGACAAGGACGUCGCGGAGGAGACGCAGAUGCUGCUGGCGUCGGACUUUGAGAUUGGACACUUCCUGCGCGCCCGCAUCAUCCCGAAGGCCAUCCUGUACUACACCGGCGAGGUGAUGGACGAGGACGACGACGGCGAGGAGGAAGAGGAGGAGGAGGAAGAGGAAGACGAGGAGGAGAUGGAGGAAGAGGGCGAGGAAGAGGAGGAGGAGGAGGACGAGCGGCCCCCGCCGGCCAAGAACCAGAAGCACCGCGGCGGUCGCGGUGGCGGCGGCAAGAAAAAGGACGGCCAAAAUCCGGCCGAGUGUCAGCAGCAGUAAAAACGUCUGAAAUCGAGCGAGGAAACGACGCCAAUUAUAUAAAUCUUAUACAACUUCCGUUGAGCGAAGCAGCAACCCGCUUGUUGUGUGUUGGAGAGAGUAUCGUUUUUGAUCGUUUCCACCACUCUGUGUAAUCCACACGCAUUCACACCACACACACACUCACUCUCACACGCAUACUAUAAAACAAACAAUGCAUAUUAUAUUAAUAUACGAAGCAAACAAUGUGGCGGCAGCGAAAAAUCGAGGAACGCCGGCGAUUUCCUUCGGAAGAGGCUGGAUAGGCAAACUUCCUUUUCACACAGAAACACACACACACACACACACACAUGCCAGGCGAAGAUGUUAGAAAAAAAAAUCCUAUCGCAGCUGCUCUCACAACUCGCGGAGUAAAUUCUAUAUAAUUCUCUAAUUGCAUGUUGAUUCCACGAACAACUGUAAACAGUAAACAAACAAAAAAGCAAGCAGUUUUUCCUUUAUUUCUUAGGUUUAUCACACUUUUUUUCUAAUAAAAAACCUGUAACUAAUCACAAAAAAAGAGA